AUGGCGCUGGCAGGUGCCCUGGAGCGGCUGCAGGAAGAGGCCAUCUGCCCCAUCUGCCUGGAGUACAUGAGCGAGCCGGUCAGCAUCGACUGCGGGCACAACUUCUGCCGGGGCUGCAUCGUCAAGCACUGCCAGGAGAAGGGCAUCCGUGCCGAUGGUCCCUUCUCCUGCCCACAGUGCCGUGCCUCCUGCCACCGCAGCGGCUUCCGACCCAACCGGCAGUUGGCCAGCAUCGUGGAGAGCAUCCGGCAGCUGGGGCUGAAGGGUGGCUCGGUGGUGGAGCUGGGGCCAGAGACCCCGCUCUGUGUCCAGCACGAGGAGUGCCUCAAGCUCUUCUGUGAGGAGGAUGAGGAGCCCAUCUGCGUGGUGUGCCGGGAGUCCCUGCGCCACCGCCUGCAUACCGUCUAUCCCAUCGAGGAGGCCGUGCAGGUGUAUAAGGUCAAACUCCACAGAUGUCUAGAGAAUCUUUUGAAGGAAGUGGAGGACGUGAAGAAGCGUGAGUCAGCAGAAAGGUUGAAAACCCAGGAGUGCAAGGAGACAGUGAAGAAAAAACGGGAGAGGAUUGUGAGUGAGUUCGGGAAGCUGCAUCGGCUGCUGGUGGACGAGGAGAAGCUGCUGCUCCAGAAGCUGGAGGAGGAGGAGAAGAGGAUUCUGCUGCUGAUCAAUGAAAAUCUGGCCAGGCUGGUGGAGCAGAAGUCAUUGCUGGAAGAGCUUAUCCUGGAGAUAAAGGAAAAGACCCAGCAGGCAGAUGACGGGCUGCUCAAGGACAUGAAAAGCAUCCUGAGCAGGUGCGAGGGAGUAAAGUUCCAGUCCCCCAAGGUUGUGUCCGUGACCUUGAAGGAAAACUACAGCAUCCCUGAGCGCUGCCUUGGCCUGAGGGACAUGCUGAAGAAGUUCAAAGUGGACGUGACUCUGGACCCUGACACAGCGCACCCUGAGCUCUCCCUGUCCGAGGACCGCAAAAGCGUGCGGCGUGGGAGCAAGAAGCUGCUCCUGUCCCUCUUUGAAAACCCCAAGAGGUUCGGCACUGCGCCAGUGGUGCUGGGGAGCCAGGUCUUCUUCUCAGGACGCUCCUACUGGGAGGUGCAGGUGGGAGACAAACCUGAGUGGGGCUUGGGGCUGUGCAGGGAGUCUGCCAGCCGGAAAGGCAACGUCUUCUUCUCCCCAAACAAUGGCUACUGGGUGCUGCGGCUGCAAAACGGGGUCAACUAUGAGGCCCUCACUUCACCUGUCUCCCCUCUGACCAUAAGCGUGAGACCACGGCGCAUUGGUAUCUUCCUGGACUAUGAGGCAGGAGAAAUCUCUUUUUACAAUGUGACUGACCGCUCCCACAUUUACACCUUCACUGACAAGUUUUCUGGGAAUCUCCAGCCUCUCUUCUUCCUGGGUGCCUUUUUAGGGGGCAGAAAUGCAGAGCCCUUGGUGAUCUCCUGGGUCAGGGACACACAGGGGACCGGUUGCAUCAUCUUGUGACAGUGACUGUCCUAGCUUCUCACCAGUAGGAGAGCAAUGGCCCUGGGAGCUUGACCAGCUCCUUGUGUGAGUGGGGCAGCAUGGGGGAAUCAGAAUCAUAGAAUAUCCUGAGCUGGAAGGGACCCACAAGGGUCAUUGAGUCCAACUCCUAUCCCUGCACAGGACAAACCCAACAUUCACACUGUGGCACUGAGGACGUUGGCCAAAUGCUUCUGGAAUAUUGUCAGCCUUGGUGCUGUGACUGCUUCCCUGGGAGCUGUUCCAGGGCUCCACCACCCUCUGGGGAAGAACCUUUUCCUCAUGUCCAACCUAACCCUCCCCUGGCACAGCUUCCUGCCAUUCCCUCGGCUCCUGUCCUUGGUCACCAGAGAGAAGAGCUCAGCGCAUGCUCCUCUUCCUCCCCGUGUGAGGAAGCUGCAGAGCGUGAUGAGGUCUCCCCUCAGUCUCCUCUCCUUCAGGCUGAACAUUCCCAGGGACUUUAGCCGCUCCUCACACUCUUCCCCUACAAACCCUUCCCCAGCUCCGUGCCCUCCUCUGGAUGCUCUCCAGUAGCUUUAGACCCUUUUUAUCCUGUGGUGCCCAGAAUGGCCCCCAGUGCUCAAGGUGGGGCUGCCCCAGCGUGGAGCAGAGCAUAACAAGUCUGUUCUCGUGGAGCUCUUUGUGCCAGCGGUUUCCAGCGGGAUUUGGUCCCAUUUCAGAAUCCAGCCCAUUGCUUUUGCAUUUAGAAAUCAGUUGUCAUUUUUAACUUUAGCAACUCCCUUCUCUCUCUAACAUCACUGUGCUGACAGUCCAUUUUCUUCUGAGCCUUCCUUUGCUCACUGUGCACAAGACAAUUUUUGUGGCCAUUUCCCAUCAGGUUAGAUCACCUUCCCUGCCUCCAUCUCUCUCUUCUGGCCAGUAUGUUGGUGAGCAGGAGAGUCAUAAAAUCUGCAUGAUGAAAGCUCACCUUAUGAGCGAUCCCCUCCUCUCCCUAUCUAAGAUUUAUUUCUAAGUGAAUCUUCACCUAUCUAAGUCUCCUCCAGGCUGAACAGUCCCAGGGACUUCAGUUGCUCCUCACACUCUUCCCCGCUAAACCCUUCCCCAGCUCCGUGCCCUCCUCUGGAUGCUCUCCAGUACCUUUAGAUCCUUUUUAUCCUGUGUCUCCCAGAACUGCCCCAGUGUUCAAGGUGGAGCCACCCCAGUGUGGAGCAGAGCGGGACAAUCCCCUCCCUGGCCCGGCUGGUGAUGCCGUGCUGGAUGCACCCAGGACACUAUUGCCCUCUUGGCUGCCAGGGCCCUGCUGGCUCAUGGUCAGCUUGUUGUCACCCAGCACCCCCAGAUCUGUGUGCCUUGGUGAGCAUCCUGGCAGGGUCCCUACGUGCUCCCGGCUGCCGGAGGUGACCAACCAAGUGUGACACCCACCGUGUGCCUCCCCCGUGCUGAGAAGGACGCUUCAUGGUGGGGAUGUGCCAGCACUCCCCGUGGUGUCAGCAGGGGCGGAGGAGCCUGCCGCCUGCUCCUGCCCUCCUGCUCAGCUCGUGGGAGAAGGGCGCACACCCAGCCUGCUGCACGGUGCCGAUUUUGGUGUGAGUUGUACCAGAACUAGGCAAUAAAGGGUUGAUUUGAGGGAGCCUUGUGUGGUUGGCAGCGUGGUUUUGUGGUGCCUUUAUCCUUGCUUGUUAGCCCCAAGUAAUCCACAAUGUCUCGUAGAAUCAUAGAAUCAUGGAAUGGUUUGGGUUGGGGGGGAUCUUAAAACCCUCCAGUUCAAAGUGACCUCAAAGCCCUUCCGGUUCCAGCCCCCGCCACGGGCAGAGACACCUCUCACUGGAUCAGGGUGCUCAAAGCCAACUCAGAGGGCAAAGACAAUCUGUUCCUCUCUGGCUCAGAGAGGGUCCUCAGGAGAUCCUGCUGUGGCAUCAAUGGGACAUGUCAGCAAGCCGGGCACCUGCCAGGCAGUGGUGCGGUAGUGGCAUCUGCAUGUGCAGUUGGCCACAAUUCAACCUCCUGCUGCUGGGAUCUGGGGUGAAGGCAAGCGGACAUCUAUGUGUGUGGGGGUGCUGCACUGCCUGGUGGCUCCUGGGCUGCAGGUCACCUCAAGGUUGUUAGGUGCCUCCCCUCCCAAGCCCUCGGGACGGGAAAUCUUAAAGCAUGGGAAGCUUUGUGGUGCACACACCAGGAUGGGGGCACUUCAGAGACUACAAAACCUGGGGCAAGAAAAAUAACUCAGCCUCUGCUGAUGUCUCCAAAGGUCACCUUUGCCCUCUCCAUGGCCUGGGACAUUCCUUCUCUUACCUGUACUGCUCAAGCAGUCUGCCACUGUAUUGCUGGAGGAAAACCUCACAGGUCCUUAAGCCCAUCUGUGGCAUCAGCCAGUCCCAGUCACCUGGGGCACAACAAUCAUUUGGGGCACAAAAACCCUAUGCAGUGCUUCAGACUGGGGGAAGAAUGGCUGGAGAGCUGCAUGGAGGAGAAGGACCUGGGGGUAAUGGUUGGCAGCCGACUGAACAUGAGCCAGCAGUGUGCCCAGGUGGCCAAGAAGGCCAAUGGCAUCUUGGCUUGGAUCAGAAACGGUGUGACCAGCAGGUCCAGGGAGGUUAUUCUCCCUCUGUACUCAGCACUGGUGAGACCACACCUCGAAUACUGUGUUCAGUUCUGUCCCCUCACCACAAGAAGGAUGUUGAGGCUCUGGAUUAUGUCCAGAGAAGAGCAACGAAGCUGGUGAGGGGCUGGAGAACAAGUCUUACGAGGAGCGGCUGAGAGAGCUGGGGUUGUUUAUCCUGGAGAAGAGGAGGCUGAGGGGAGACCUUAUUGCUCUCUACAACUGCCUGAAAGGAGGUUGUGGAGAGGAGGGAGCUGGGCUCUUCUCCCCAGUGACAGAGGACAGGACAAGGGGGAAUUGCCUGAAGCUCCGCCAGGGGAGGUUCAGGCUGGACAUCAGAAAAAAAUUUUUCACAGAAAGGGUCAUCGGGCACUGUCAGAGGCUGCCCAGGGAGGGGGUCGAGUCGCCUUCCCUGGAGGUGUUUAAGGAACGGGUGGAUGAAGUGCUGAGGGACAUGGUUUAAGGGAGUGUUAGGGGCGGUUGGACUCGAUGAUCCAGUGGGUCCUUUCCAACCUGGUGAUUCUAUGAUUCUAUGAUAAACCAAAGUGCCUGUGGUCUGCUGGGCCAGGAGGCAGGAAGGGACAUGGGGUUACUUAAUUAAAGAGCAAUUAAAUUAAAAUAAAAUGAGAUUUGAUAAAGUACACGUAAAUGCUCAGCAUGAUUUCUCUAGAGAGGUUCUGAUUGGCGCUUUAGGAGCCUAAUGGUGAAAAAUGAUGCUGGACCUGAGACAGCAGUUCCUCUCAGCUGAAUUUGGUUUUAUUUUGGGGAGUCCUACCUCCUCCCUUCAGCUGCAGGCUCUUCCUUUUGGAGGCUGCACAGAAGGGAGAAGAGACCAGCUAGUGGAUCACCGUCCCUGCUUGGCCGUGUCCCAGGAAGGAGAAGGGAAAUGCAUCUUGGCAAUGGCCCUGCUCAUCGACCUGACCUUCAUGGAGAACUUGCAGAGGGAUUUUAUGGAGCCUGAGAAGAUGAGAAAGGUGAGGGCAGCCAGGGAAACCUGCCGUGCAGGGUGCAAGGUAGCAGCUGGGAAAAGACCAGACUGAAUGUCAGAGGGGUGGGAGGAGCUGGUAGGAUGGAACCUGUCCAGGAAGCCAGAGCAGUCCAACUAUGGCAGGGUCACAGACAAGCGGCUUCUGUUGUGGCACUGGAGGGACAAAGGGUGCUUACAGAAGAGACAGGAGGAAGUGCAACAGUUCAGAGAUCUUGCGAAGAGGCGGAAGAAAUGAAUGAGCAGAAAGGAUGUGAACUCACCCCAGUGCAGCACCCAAAGCAUUCCUAGAAACCAUGAAUCUGCCUUUCCCCAGAAGGAGAGCAAAGGUUGAAGGCAUGAGACUACUCUUAAGAUGCUGUAAAUUUUUCCAGCUGGCUCUCUCUUUGUAUCACCUGCAACUAAGGAAUUUCUUGGGGCAGAUACGGUCUGCCCUGAGAUGCCCACUUGGAACAGGCAGCUAGAGAUAAGCUGGGAGCACCGGGACCUGGGCUUUUACAGUUCCCUGAUGAAUUAAAGUUAAAGCUGUUCCUAAAGCUAUUUGCAAGCAGGUUGUCUGUUCAAGUCAUGACAAGUGGAGCUUGCUCCUGUCCUUGGUGGAAAU